AUGGGUUUUUUCGAUAAUAUUAAAGAGGGCUUUGACGACUUUGUUUUCUCCCUCACUACAAAUGAUCGUUACGCCAGUUCUCGUACUCCUUACAACGCCAACAAUCUCAACUCCAACUCCAACUCCUAUCGUCGUGCCAACACUUUUAGCACUGACAAUAUUAAUGACGGCCAAGCAAAUCAAGGCGGAUACCGUCCAGGAAUGAGAUCUCGUUCCACUAACGAUGGAAUUGCCAUGCGUGAUUAUGGCAGUGCUGUCCCUAUGGCGGAACUUUGGGAGCGUUUGGAAACAAAACUUCUUGACGAAUUUCCUGACCUUGUUGACUUCCUUAACGAGCCAGCCACUGCUGCUGAUUUGAACGAGUUGGAAAACGAUAUUAAUGUCUCUUUGCCUAUCGACGUCCGUGAAAGUUGGCAAAUUCAUGAUGGUCAAGAACGUGGCGGGAAACCAAGUGGGGUGAUUAUGGGUAUAACGAUAUUAGAUGUCGAAUCAAUUGCUGAAGAAUAUACUGUGUGGCAAACUGCGGCUCGUAGAAUUCAACAAGAGCGCAAGAUCUAUUUGGAUAAAUUGAAUGCCUACAAACAACAUAUGGCCCAAUUAAAUUCUGCUUCUGGAUCCAGUGCCGAUGGUUCAAAACCAAAAUUAUCACACAAGAAGAUACAACCUCCAGUCCCACGUAUUGAUUUUAUGGCCCAUCAAAGAUCAUUCCCAGAAGGUACAAUUCAGCCGGUUUAUGUGCACUCGGGAUGGGUACCACUUGUCAAAGAUUUUUCCGGAAACAAUAUAGCCAUCGACUUGGCUCCUGGUCCAAAGGGUAAAUGGGGUCAAGUUAUUUGUUUUGGUAAUGAUUUCGAUACCAAGUUUGUCAUUGCGAACUCAUGGUCGGAAUUUAUGGAAAAUGUCGUUAAGGAUUUUGAGGCUGGUAACUUUUAUGUCGAUAAUGAUUAUGAUGAGUUGUCGUAUUCUGAAAACGGUAUCGUCUUGAAUUAUUUGGAUGUUCUUAAAAAGAGACACUUACCUCCAGUUAAUAGACACAGAACGUUACCUCCUCACAUGGCUCAGCAGGCAGCCCGUCAUAAUCGUGCCGCUACCAAUAGACCUGACCGUGUAUUCUCUUCAUCAUCAUCCCAAUUCCCUGCCACUAAAAUUGGCGGAGCCGACGAUGCAGAAACAAAUGACGCUUCUUCAUCAUCUGCAAAGGUUGAAAUGCCAAAGGAGACCCUUAUAGUACCUGAAAAGACAGAGCCUAUUAAGACCGAGACAGAAAGAGUCGCAGAUAAUGCCGAAUUAAAAUUCUCUGAUAAUGAAUCAGUUAUCACUAAUGAAGAAGACGAUGAAGAUAAAGACGACGAUUACACUGAAACUAAACCAUUGAAAGAACCAAAAAUUGUCGAUGUGGAUUUCAUAUAA